CCUUGGUUCCAACACGUCUCCACUCUCCAGCCUUCUGUCUUCCUCUGCCGCGGUCACUGCACAGCUGAAGCUGAACACACGCUGAUCCGAACACAAGAACAUCCCAAAAUUCCUGCAAUGGAAUCUCGAAUCUCCACAGGUCUAGCCCUCCUCUCUCCCCAUCAACCUGCAGACGAUUUCAACACUCUAUUCAAUCACCUCAACACCGCUCUCAUCUCCCCCUCAAGAAGCCGUAACCAAGCCAUUCCCAGAACCCAAAAAAUUGAUGCAAACCCCCAAAAUCCCCUUCCCACUCUCAGAUUCUCCUCAACCACCGUCUCUUUGGAGUCACAAAUCCGAAACCCACAAAAACCCACUUCCCGGAGCUGGCUCAAACCCGCCGGGAGAGGCUCCCCCGGCGUCCGCUCUCUGUUCAAGAACCUGUCCGUCUUCGAGCGCGCGCUCAUCGGCGCCGGCGCCGGCGGAAUUGCCGGCGCCUUCACUUACGUCUGCCUUCUCCCGCUCGACAAUGUCAAGACCAAGCUCCAAACCAAAGGGGCUUCCGAGAUUUACAACGGCGCGUGGGAUGUCAUCGUGAAGACUCUCAAAACCAGAGGAAUUCUAGGGUUCUAUAGCGGCGUCUCGGCUGUGAUUGUCGGCUCCACGGCUUCUUCCGCGGUGUAUUUCGGGACUUGUGAAUUUGGAAAAUCGAUUCUGUCGAAAUUGCCCCAGUACCCAUCUGUGUUAAUCCCUCCGACCGCCGGCGCAAUGGGAAACAUAGUUUCCUCCGCGAUAAUGGUGCCGAAGGAAUUGAUCACUCAGAGAAUGCAGGCUGGCGCAAAGGGAAGGUCUUGGGAGGUUUUGCUGAGAAUUAUAGAGAAAGAUGGGAUUUUGGGAUUGUACGCAGGUUACUCGGCUACUCUGUUGAGGAAUUUACCUGCUGGGGUUUUGAGUUAUUCCUCGUUUGAGUACUUGAAAGCUGCGGUUUUGGAGAGCACUAAACAGGCUCAUUUGGAGCCAAUUCAGAGCGUUUGUUGCGGCGCAUUGGCGGGCGCGAUAUCGGCCUCAUUAACGACGCCAUUGGAUGUUGUCAAGACGAGGUUGAUGACGCAGGCUCAUGGGGAGGCCAUGAAUAAGGUUGCUGCUGCUCUGCACACGGGGGUUUCGGCUACUGUGAAGCAGAUUUUGAGGGAAGAGGGGUGGGUGGGACUGACUCGCGGAAUGGGGCCGCGAGUUCUUUAUAGUGCCUGCUUUUCUGCGAUUGGAUACUUCGCGUUUGAGACGGCGAGGCUGACGAUUAUGAAUCAGUAUCUUAAGCACAAGGAGUCUGGUGAGUUAUCUUCUUUCUUGACUUGAUUUGGUGGGUGUCAUUUGGGUUUUCGUACCAUUUGUUUUAAUAUCAUGGCAAUGUAAGGGUUAUGAGAAGGGUUUGGUUUCAAACACUCAUCUUGAGUCAGUUCAUUGGUGGUCUCCCUGCUUGUAUCAAUGCACCAAAAGUAUAUGCAUUGUGAGAUUUGACAGUCGUCAUGGAGGCAGAAUAGCAGCAUCACAUUGGGCUAAUUUGAGUUUGCACAAUCUUUGUUAGCUAAUGUACGCUAUACCCCAUGAUUCUAGUGCAAAGAUGCAUCAUCUAUCUUGAACUAUAUCAAAUGGAGUGGAUUGGCAAUUGAAGUCUCUAAUGUGGGGUGGGAUUGUGAAAUCAUUUUUUUGCUUACUUGGCCUGUUAUAUAAUCUGGAACUGAUAUUUUAAUGCAAAGAAGCUGGAAUAAGAGAUGCGUUCUUGUAUUCAAAUUAUAGUUAUGACCUUGUUGCAGUCUACACGUGGUGUUAAACAGGAAUUAAGGAUUGUAAGCUUCACUCAUCUGGAUUCUUUGUUGAUCAGCCAUGUGAAUUCCUUAAUAGUUACAAGUUAUUCUCUCUUUCACUAAUCAAUUCCCACAGCUUUAGGACAUGGCUUCUAAGUUCAUGAGUUCACCCACUUCUAGGAAAAUCUAAUAAUCAUAUGUCAAAUGACCUACCUGCGUGAAUUGUUUCCUAGGGAAGAUACUCUAAAAAGGUGGUUAUUUUUUAACUUAUUUUUUCAAUUUCACAUCCCUGGUUGUAUUACACCCCUUAGAUAUCCUGUCGCUCUCCCCCUACCUGCUUGAAUUGUGUCCUAGGGUAUUGAUUCUAGAUGGAUGGUUACUUUUCAUUUAUUUUUUCAAUUCCACAUCCCUGGCCUCAUAACCCCUUAAUUUGUCUUGCUUGGACACUUAUCGUGUGCAGAUCUUAUCAUAAGCUCUCACACACAAUUAAAUACAUUGUUUAUAAGCUUCCUAGGGUAUUGAUGAACGGGGUUCUCACUGGAUCUGUACAUGUGAGUAUAACACCUACAUAGAAAAAGUACACUUAACGGAAUGGUUGUGCGGUAUAAGGGAGCAUAUGUGUAUAAGUAUGGUUUCAAGGAUCAUUGAAUUAAUUGAAUUUUACACUUGAUGUCAACCAUCUAUAAGUUUUGCAGACAGAACUUUCUGUCAGUCAGUACAUCUAAGGUCAAAGUUAACAGUGUCAAGUUUUGUGGAACUUAAAUUAAGACAAGUCAUGUUUAAGCACUUCUGCAAGACCAUUUAUUUAACCACGUAAGGUCGUAAUUAUUUUGUUCUUUAGCAAAGCUCUUAAGUUCUUACUCAAGCACUUUUUUUCUAUAUUUUAAGUUAAAGAUCAUGAUUAACUAAAUUUGGAACUCUACAAACAAAUUUCAAGAAAUAAAUGUGUUCCAGAAAAUAAAUGGUAGCCUCUUAAGCUCUAACAGUAGGCAUCCUUAAGGAAUGAUGUACCAGAUGUAUUGGUGAGUCAUAUGCUGGCAAGUGGUAACAUUAUAGAAGUUCUCUCUCUCCCUUUUAUUAAUGAGUGGUAGUAGUUUCUUUCCAUGUAAUUUAUAUUCAUAUAUAGAGGGAGGGAGAUACUGGGGCCGUGUAGUUUGAACCCUAUAAUAAGCUGGAAGAGAUGUUGUAUAUAUACAGAACCUUUUUCUAAACAUUUUAUUCUGAUUUUAAGUCUGUGCAUUUGAUGGAAUUAGAUGUGGUACUUCUAUGAAGUUGAUUUCCCUCUUGGUUGUUUCACUUUUUUCUUCAUGAUGACAUGAUGAGUUCGUUCUUUGCUGGGAAAAAUGAGCUUCUCCUAUUAGGAGGAAUAAUACCUCAUUCUUAACCACAAAUGACUUUGUAACAAAAUGGUUUGUUUGUGGACUAAAUAUAAUGCAACUUGACUAUGCUGUCGCUGCUUAGCGUGCUGACUGUAUUAGACUCGAGCAGUUUACGACUUCAAAUUUACUUGUAUGCACAUGUGAAGGGGAGUGCAGAAAGAUCAUGCCUGUUUUUUCUGGCUUCUGUCCCAAUGUUUCUUCUUUCUUUACUAUCUUUCACGAACUGAACUAGAGUGGUGUAUGCUAAAGAUGCCCGUGAAUCCUUACAGUCUUUUGCUUUAGACAUUCUCCUCCCCGCCUUUUAUGACAUGUGAAUUGAUAGUCGAUUUGACUGUUCUUUCGUGAAGAAAGACGAGGAAAAGUACGUUAUUGAGUACUUACUAGCCCCUUCUCACUCUUUUUUUU